GCAAGAAAAUCGAAAAUCCAUCUUCUUGGUUCGGGUUGAAUUCCAUUUCGAUCCCCACAAAUCGGUUAACAAAGACAAAAGUAAAAUGGAAGAAGAAAAGGCGGCAGCUUACUACGACGAGCUUACCAGGAAAGGCGAGGGAGCAGCCAGAUUCAAGCGAGGCCUCGGGUUCUCCUCCGGAGAUGAUCAACACGACGCCGUUCCUCAAAGAGGCUCAGCAUUUGUCUCUUCGUCUUCGUCCUUCCUCAGCAGCUUCGUCAGGGCCUCCAGUCCUACCACCGCCUCCAAGCUCGAGAAAGAGUCUCAGCUUCAAUCCAUCCAAAAUAAGCUAAAGAAGAAGCCGGAGAGAGAAGCCAGGGUUUCCGAGAGAAAAAACGUAGAGAUAGACCGAGAUAAGCAUUCGAGGAGCCGAAGCAGAAGCAGAAGCAGGAGUAGAGAGACAAGGAGACGAAGAAGCAGGAGUAGAGAGAGAAGGAGGCGGAGAAGCAGGAGUACGAGUAGGUCGCCACGUAGAGAUCGGAGUAGGAAGAGGAGUAGGAGUAGGUCGCCUCGUCGAGAAGGGAAUUCGGAGCGGAGGAGGAGGCAGGAGUUCGUCGCGCGGGAGUCAUGGAGGUCUGAGAGGCAUGGGGCGAGAGAGGGCAAAUCCAAGAAGGGAAAAAAUGGCUUUGUUGAUUAUUCGCGAUUGAUCCAAGGUUACGAUAGUAUGUCGGCUGCUGAAAGAGUUAAAGCCAAGAUGAAGCGUCAGCUUGCUGAAACAGCUGAAAAGGAUCCAACAAAAGGCCCUGGCUGGGAACGGUUCGAGUUCGACAAAGAUGCCCCACUUGAUGAUGAGGAAGUUGAAGUUGCUGAAGAUGAUGCAUCAUUAGUGAAGCAUAUUGGUCGGAGCUUUCGGUUUUCUGCCAUAGAGGCAAGGUGGGAGGAGCAACUGAAAGCAGCUCACGAUGAGGCCAUUUUUGGCACAACAGCUUCUCUUUCUGUUGAAAUAGAUAGUGAACCAGAAGAGGAGAAUCUUGAAAAGGAUAACAAUGAUAAUGGUGUUGCUACUGGCCUCCUAAGUGAGAAGGUGAGUGGAUUCAUGAUUUACCUGUUGUUCAAGUUUUAUUUUGCAUAUCACAUGUGUGCUCAUAUGUAUGCAUGAGAGCAAUGUAUCGGUUAUUCCCCAUGGUUGUAGGUGCUAUCAAAGCAACCAGGUUCGUGGCGAGAUCGGGUUCGUAAAGCAUAGGGAAGC